AAAGCACCAUCCCACAGAGUUUCUAAACCUCUUUGAUCGUACUUUCUUGCUAGCUAGCUAGUUACAGCAACAGCACAGAUUAAUACAGCCUAUAUUUCUUUGGUAACAACAUCUGUCCUACAGUCCUAGCUAGUCUUUAUUUCUUGAAACAUAUCCAUGUCCCACCCUGGCAGCUCAAUCCAUUGAAGAUGGAAAUGUAUGUUUCCAGCAUAAGCAAACAUAAUGCCACAAAGACAGAUCUGAGUUUGUUGCUGGAGUGUCUGAAGUACCAGAUGAAAUGUCCUGCUUCACAGAAACAAGCUCUUUUCACCAUCUACUCCAUCUGUCAACAGAGAGAAGAGAAUGUGGACUUCUUCAGAGAGAUGGGAGGAGUGGUGUUUGUGCACAACCUCUCUAAAUCCAGUGCUCACUCAGAGGUCAGGGAGACUGCUCAAUUCACACUGGGAAUGCUGGCAGAGGCCAAUGUGUACUGUAAGCAGGCCCUGUGUAGGAGGGAGACAUUCAGUGAUCUGGCAGAGUGUCUGAUGCAGCAGGACAGCCCACUGACCCAGAGGAGAGUAGCUGUCUACCUGCUCUCUGUCCUCGUCGCCAACAACAGGUCUGGCCAGACGUUCGCUCAGACCUCGGGCUGUCUGGAUAUCCUGCUGGACUUGUUCAGGACUAGUUUCCCUCUCUCUGGCGAGGCCACAGUGAGACCUGCUAACGUCACUCAGCUGUUCCAACUCUGGACCUCUGUGUCCAGUGCUCUCUGUGGCUGUGUCAACAACCCCCAGAAUGAGGAGAGCCAGCGUAUGUGUGUGUCAGCCUUCCCCCUGGUCAAGGGCUGGCUGCAGCAGCUCUCUCACCCCUACACAGAGAUGGUUCAGCCCAUCUGCUCCUUUAUAUCUAUGACUGUCGCCAACAACCAUUGUGCUCAGGAUAGUUUUUCCACAGUCGGCGGGCUCGGAAAUCUGACACUCACUCUGAUUCGCUUAGCCUCUGAUGCCGCCCACAGCCCAUUGGCCUGUCAGCUGUCUGUCAUCAUGACCAAGACCCUGUCAGCCUGCAUCAUUGACAACCCUGUGUUGGCGUCAGGUCUGGCAGGUUAUGGUUUGGUUCCUCAGCUCCACUCCCUGCUGUCCAGCCCCAGCCUGGAGCCCCAAGACAGGCUCAUUGUCAUACUCACCCUGGGACACUGCACUGAGGCCUCUGAGGAGCACCGGUCUCAGUUCUUACAGUGUGGAGGUCUGUCCCUCAUCAUCACUCUACUGACUGAGUCUACCAGCGAAGAGCUCAGGAAGGCUGCUACCUUCAUACUGCAGACCUGCAAACAGGCUACUGUGUUUCUGCGUGGUGCGGUCCAUGGGGAGUCUCAGGGUCAGACUGCGGAGCUAGAGCCCCCUGUGGACAUGGAGGGGUACUGGAGGUCAGCACGAGACAUACUGCACAGGAUCAACCAGCUGGAGAGACAACAGGCUCAGGGAGCGGAGGAGGAGUGGGAGGGGGUUGAACCAAACCCCCCAGACCAACAGAAACCUGCAGAAUGGGGGAGGAAGGAGCUACUCUUACCCCUACCUCUACCCCCAUCCUUAUCCCUACCCCCUCACCACACCUCUUUACCAUACCAGGAGUGGAAUGGAGGCAGAAGGUGUGAGGAAAGAGAGGAGCGUUGGAGAGGAGUAGAGAGUUGGGGUCAAGAGAGAAGAGAGGAGGGAGGAGGAGAAGAGAAAAGAGGAGAAGAGAGGGGGAUGUCCUGUGAACACACCCCAGUCCGGUCGGUUCUAGUGGGGAGGGGUGGAGAUGGAGAGAGAGAGGAUCUACACCAUAGAGUCCUAGAGGAGAAUCAACCCACAAACAGAGGGCAGGACCUAACGAAGCGUGUAAGGAGACAGAUAUUCCAAACCAGUGAGGAGCCUCAGAAACCCAGCCACAGCAGCAGAGAGAGGGAGAAGAGAACACACAUACAAAGGCACACCACACUGCACGUGUACACACUUGGAAACACACAACCAGAGAAGGACAGGGGCUUGGCAGCUAAGAUAAAUACUUAUCCUCUCUACACAAACACACUCACAGAGAAAGGUAAAAACACAGCAUCACACACACAGACCGAGAACCGCAGAGACAAGCACCUUGCUAUGAGAGAGCAGGCUCACACACAGUCUGUGUCAGCCGUGGGCUAUGCUGGACCUGGUAUAGCUAGUGUCCCUGGGCAGCCCCGUGAUGGAGAGGAUGAGAGGUGUUCUGUAUGUCUGGGGACAGGAACACUGGUCCCUUCCUCCUCCAGUCUACUAGAAGGACACUCCCAGACACACACACACAGCCAAGUGUUCAAGUGCCCAGCUCCAGGCAAGCCAGGAAUGAGCAGGCAGAAGAAACCGUUGGAUGAUGAAGGCUGUGUGUUCGGUUUGGUGACCAGCCGAUCGUUCCCUGUCCUCCAAAGGAACUGUCCCCACAGCUGUGACCUGCACCUGGUACUGCAGAAAGCCACACACAGCUACACACAGCACCUCCGAGAUAUACGCAGGAGGAGAGAAAUACACACAACGGGACAGAGAGAGACAGAGCGAGGGACACAGAGCGUCUGGGAUCACUGCAGAGAUAAGAUUCCUGAAGUGCUGAACACACCCACACACCGAUGUGAUUUGAAUUGGGAUUUGUGUCCUGUUGUAACAGAGGCCAGUCUGACUCCUGUCUGUAAAGGAACCCUCCUGAGGAGCUUCUCAACCAACAGCGGACAACGCAACACUGAUCACAACCAUGUGAGUCUCACUCCCCUUAAGAACUGUGGUCCAUGUGAAGGUAUCACUCGGAAUCCUUUGCGUAAAGGUCUGAUGAAGAGCCUAUCCUCUGUGACCAGCAGGGGGCAGGAGAGAGGAGACAGAAGAACACAUAAUGGGGAAGAUGGUGUCAUCGAUGAUCAGCAGAAGACUCUGUCUAUGGGAAACCCAUCUUUGACUCAGAGCAGUUCCAAAACCAAGGAAAAGAGGGUGAUGACCAAUGAGAGGAGGGAGAGGAGGAACUUCAGCCGUGAGGAGGAGAGUUAUCUGUGUCGAGGUAUAGAGCGGUUUGGUCCAUCCUGGAACUCCAUCCUUUGGGCCUAUCCGUUCCAGCCGGGACGCACCAACGUUGACCUGGCCAAGAAAUACAAACGCCUGCAGGCUAAAGCCCAGGGUAUGGAUUCAGACUCCAUGAGAUCCUAGAAGAACACAUUGUAUAUUGUACAUAAAUCACAGUCAUAUAUUUGAAAUACUUUAAUGUAAUAUUCAAUAAUAGUUUAAAUACUAUAAUUUAGUCCCCAGUUUGAAAUUAAUUACUAUGCUGUACUACUGUAAAUAAAAUACAUAAUUUUAUAUUUAAUUUAGUAAUAUUAGAAAUAUGUUAAUUUCAUGGUCAUGGAGGAUUAAUGAAGGAUCUGUUCUGUAUUUCUCAACCUUGUUUUUUUACACAGCAGUAUUUUACUGCCUAUUUGAAGUAGUUGGAAUAUUGUUUGGAAUAGAAAAAUGGAAAUGAUUCGUGUAAUGAUUUGCACUUGACGAUUUCAUAAUUUAUCUUGUUCUUUGUUAAUGUAUGGAUUGAGACUGAAAUGGUUGUUCACUCGUCAUCCCCUGAAGUUGUUUGUAUUGAAUUAAACAGAAGGGCGUCUGUA